GAGAUCAAGCAAUUCUCUCUUUUAUAAACUUUAUCAAAAGGAAAACUCUUAUAAAGACUGAACCACAGAAGAAUGACACCACUCAGAAGCACCAAAAACUUUUGCACUUAUCUCUUCUGUCACCUCGUAUACUGUAGUAACCAACAAGAUGCGUUCUUAUAGUACCUCAAUUUUGGCUCACUUGUUUGGCAUCAUUGCCCUCAUCCUUAUGCUUGUUUGGUUGCUGCAUUACCGUGAGGGAAUUGAAUAUGACUCUGGAAAUCCACUUCGUGUUUUCAAUACUCACCCUUUUCUUAUGUACUUUGGGUUCAUUUUCCUUGUUGGUCAAGCAAUAAUGUCUUACCACACAGUACCAGGCACACAUGAAACACAGAAGAUUGUUCACAUGACACUUCAUUUCAUUGCCAUAGUUCUUGGAAUUGUUGGUAUAUGUGCCGUUUUCAAGUUCCAUGAUAUGGUGAACUUGGUUGAUGUUUACAGCCUCCAUUCAUGGAUUGGCAUUGGUACAUUUUGCUUGUUUGGCUUGCAGUGGCUUUUUGGUCUGACCUUCAUGUUUCAAGGAACAAGACAAUCAAGGGCUGCAAUGGCUCCAUGGCACAUAGCUGGUGGUAGAGCACUAUUUUACAUGGCAAUUUGUGCUGCACUAACAGGCUUGAUGGAGAGGUCUGCUAUGUUAAAACUAAUGCCACACCAAAGAGAAUCCCAUUUGAUUAAUUUCACUGGUCUAGCAAUUCUCUUGUUUGGAGUAUUUGUGGAUAUGACAGUUGGUUUGGCCCAUAUUGUUUCUUGAAGUGAAUUUCAUUCCUCAAAUCUUCUUCUUAUACACGAGUGAAGAAUCGUCACAGACUGAAUUGCUCUAACAUUCUUUUUAUAUGUAUACGUCUAUACAUUUGUAAUUUUGUGUAUUUUGUAAUUGUGUUGUUCAUUACAUUUGACUUGUGUGAGAUAUAAGUUGAUUAAUUCAUGUGGUUUGCUUUAAAUUCUUAAUACAAAUUGGAAUACUGUAUUUAGUGCAAACUAGACUUUAUUCACACAAAAUUCUCCAAGGUACAAAACACAUUACAUAAUUUCAUUCUCUUUAUUAUUAUUACACACACAAAACACAUACACAUUAGAAUAAAGUAAAGAACUCCAUUCUAACAUAGAACUCGUUUUUGUGUUUAACCAGAGAUAUGAAUUGUCUUAA